AUGGUGAACGAUAGGUCCGCCGAGGAGCCGAUUUCUGUCGGAGCUCGUGACGGGGGUCUUAUGCAAACUGUUGGUCCGUUUCGCGUGAACGAGGGCGCCAGUACCUCGGGCGUACAGAUCGGCGGGGGUAGGGCCCGGAGGGCUCCGAAUUACGAUUCUGACGUGACAUUAGAGUCAGACGAUGACGAGACACAGACAGCUUCCGACGUGGCGUUUGAAUUCGACGACGAUGCUGACGACGACGAGACAGAGGGUGCAUACUCUGGAAACAUGGGGAGAGAAUCGGGGCUGGAGAGUGAAGCCGCGAGCGAGAAGGAGUCAAGUCAGGCACCCGAUGACGGGGCUGAUUCACUGGGUAACCGUUUCACGGUUAUCGGUGAAUCAACGAAAUUCAUUCGUAAAUUCGCGGUCACAGGGCGUGAGUUGCGAAUGAAGAUCGCGGCCCCUGAAUCGGGUGUUAAUCUAGUGGAGUGGCUGGAGGACGCGUUCAGAGACCUGCAUGCUUAUGCCGUAGCAAUGUGUCGGAGUAGCGACUACAUAGGUUUCACGUUUAGCGCGGAGAGUUUUAAUCAUGGUCCUGCGUGGUUAUCGUUCCGGCCGGUGAGGGAUUCGCGGUACAGUGACCUCUGGAAGUUAGUUUUCAGCGUAGCCCAGAGCGCAUCAGAGUUUGGCGUCGACAGCGUCUUCACCGUGACGGUACACAGUGUUGGAGUACCGGAGGGUCGCGGAAAGCCGAAGCCGAUCACGCACGCGGGGGUACUCAAAAAAUCUGUCGUGCAGAUUGUCAACAGUGACGGGUUGUGUUUACCUCGUGCCCUCGUUGUAGCCAAGGCUCACGCCGAGAGAGGCCCGAACCGCAGUGGCGCUCUGCACGAGCAUUACGAGAUGGUGAGAUUCGCUAGGUCCAGUUUCCAGCGUGCAGAAGCGCGUAAUCUUGUUGCGAACGCCGGUGUCGAGAUUCCGCCAACGGGGUGCACAGUGCAUGAAAUCGCACAGUUCCAGAACUAUCUGGCACGCGAGGGAUUCCUCAUCACAGUGUACGAGUUGGGGAGGCUAGGUACCGGCGAAGCGGCAUUUUACGACGGUACUGCCGUGGUGAGAGCAAACGGAACAGGCGAUGUCAGGCACCGAUUGAAUCUGCUGUAUUAUCCCGAAGAACAGCAUUAUUGCCCAAUUGUAAAUUUAACCGCGGCGGCAGCAGGGGCCUUUUUCUGUCAACCCUGCAAUAGGAAAUUUAACAACGGGUACGAACACCGAUGUUCCGUAAAGUGCCCACAGUGCCUCGCAUCGCCACCGUGCAACAGCCAGUCUCGCGAAAUCGAGUGUCCCGAUUGUAGACGCGUGUUCCGCGGUAACGGUUGUCUGGAGUACCACCGCAGGAUCGGCUCCUUCAGUCCGCGUCGUUCCGUUUGUGCAACGCUGCGUAUAUGCCGGAAUUGCGAGCGAUUCGUAAAUCUUUCGCGGAGGGCACACAUUUGUGAAACUCGUUUUUGCGUCACUUGCCGCUGCAACAGACCGUACAAUCACUACUGCUUCAUGACGCCGCUGAAAGACGCGACAAGACCGAAACGUUACAUCUUCAUUUUUUAUGAUUUCGAAACGCAGCAAUGCGAGACGGUAGACGGUGACGCGACGACAAACAUACAUGUGCCGAACUUGUGCGUAGCGCAACAAGUGUGUACGCAAUGUAUCCACGAUCCCGAUAUAUCGAACGGCUGUUCCGCUUGCGGGCUCGUGCGUGAGUUCGUUUUCAGGAGGGAACCGGUGAAGGAGUUGGUAGACUUUGCUACUCGGCCCGUUCAGGACUUUGCCCGCAUCGUAUGCAUUGCGCACAAUGCAAAAGGUUUUGACGCGCAAUUCAUACUGCGGCAUAUGGUUGAGCGGGAUGGAAACCCGCCGCAGGUCAUCCUAAGCGGCAGUAAGAUCAUUAUGCUCGAAACGGGUCACACCCGAUUUCUGGAUUCCUUGGCAUAUAUGCCUAUGGCAUUAUCGGCGCUACCGAAGGCUUUUGGACUACCGACUACUUCCGUGAAAGGUGUAUUUCCCCACCUUUUCAAUACCCCUGAAAACGUGGGUUACGUGGGACCGCUCCCCGCAGCGAAGUUUUACUCUCCGGAUACCAUGAGUAGCGAUGCGCGAGCAGAGUUUUACUCAUGGUACAACGAGGCUGUAGCGAACGACCAUCUGUUCGACUUUGACGCGGAAUUGUUGUCGUACUGUCGGUCGGACGUGGAUAUUCUGCGACGUGCGUGCGUAGCAUUCAGGGACAUAUUUCUGGAGUGCGGCAGAGUGUGUCCCUUUACCGAGAGCACGACAAUUGCCUCGGCUUGUUCGGUGCUGUUCCGUAAAAAUUUUUUACAACCGGAGCGAAUAGGUAUCCUGCCACCGGGCGGCUAUCGUCUUGCCGAUGCCCAGUCUCGUAAGGCUCUGGAGUGGUUGGUCGUGAAAGAGCGCGAGCUGGGUAUUGACAUCAGGCAUGCCGGAAACGGACGUGAGUUUCGGAUUCCGGAGACGGGUCGCAAGGUGGACGGAUACCAUGUCGCGGGCGACGGUACGCGACACGUCUACGAGUUUCACGGUUGUUUCUGGCACGGCUGUCGUAAAUGUUUACGAAUCAACCGCGAUAGGCGUAGCGUCAACGGCGAGACGUUGGAUAGGCGUUACGAGGAAACUCGUGCAAAGAUCAACCGUAUGCGCGAAUUGGGUUACCGCGUGACGGAACAGUGGGAAUGCGAGUUUGAUCGGAGCUUGAGGGAGAACGAGGAGAUGAGGGAGUACGUGGCAACACACCCGCUGAUCGCUGGCACUGCCACGAGCGAAGCACUCAAUCCGCGUGAUGCGUUCUACGGCGGUCGAACGGGGAACGCUUCCCGAUACUACGAGGUGAAAACAGAUGCAACGGGCAACGCGUACGAGGAAAUACGAUACGUCGAUGUUUGCUCGUUGUAUCCGUUCAUCUGUAAGAAUGGAAGGUUCCCUGUUGGCCACCCGACGGUCUACGUUGGAGAGGAGUGUAAGCUCUUGACAGGGUCGAGCGGUUGCGACAUCACGCGAGUUGAGGGGCUCAUCAAGUGCCGAGUUUUACCGCCUCGCAAUCUUCAUCACCCUGUUUUGCCGGUGCGCAUGCAUGACAAACUCAUGUUUGCCUUGUGCCGCUCAUGUUGUCAGAGUUUGAACCAGGACGAGUGUAGACAUGAUGACCAGGCUGCGCGAGAAUUCGAGGGCACGUGGGUGUCGAUCGAAUUAAAAAAAGCCGUGGAAAUGGGAUACAAGAUCAGGAGCAUAAGCGAGAUCUGGUCGUAUACGGUGACAUCGUUUGACCCGACUACUCGUCAAGGUGGGCAUUUCGCCGGCUAUAUCGACACCUUCCUCAAGAUUAAGCAAGAGGCAAGCGGCUGGCCUGCUGAAUGCGAGGACGAGUCGGCUCGAAUGCGCUACCUUGAUGAGUAUGAGCGGGUCGAGGGUAUACGGCUAGAUCGCGACCGUAUUGCUAAGAAUCCCGGCAUGCGAUCAGUUUCCAAAUUAUGCUUAAAUUCGUUUUGGGGCAAGUUCGGGCAACGCGAGAAUCUGGUAAAAACAGAGGUCAUAAAGACGCGUCAGCAGCUGCUCGAGCUUUUGACCAACCCUGAAGUCGAGGUGUCCGGUUUGCUGCCCGUGAACGACGAAGUGUUGUACGUGCGUUGGUCGCACGCGCAACACAGCGUUGAACCGUCAGCGCUGGCAAACGUCGUGAUUGCCUCGUACACCACUGCCCAGGCUCGGCUGAAGCUCUUCUCGUUCCUUGAGAAGCUCGAUCGGCGCGUGCUCUAUUACGACACCGAUUCAGUAAUUUAUACCCGAAACCUCCGAAGGCCAAACGAGUAUGAACCUCCCACGGGUAACUUUCUUGGCGACCUGACGGACGAGUUGGCGUCUUACGGCCGUGGGAGUUUUAUACGCGCUUUCGUCUCGGGAGGGCCAAAAUUCUAUGCUUUUAUCAUUAAACGUCCGAAUGGUGAAGAGGUGGAAAUUUGCAAGGUGAAAGGCAUAUCACUGAAUCACGCAACGAGCUCGAAAAUCAACUUCGAGGCCAUCAAGCGGAUGGUGGUAGAAGCCGCUGCACCCAUUCCCUUGGAGUAUCGCGCCAUUCGCCGAACGGAACUGCACGCAGUCGUGACGCGCUCCGAGCACAAAACGUGUAAACCAGUGUACGUGAAAAGGCGUUGUUGCGUCACGAGUUUCGAUACGCUGCCCUACGGUUAUCGCACUGGAUGA